AUGUUGUUACUUCGAUAACUGGUCGAGGAUGAAGAAUGCCUCGAAGAUACUAUUGUAUCAUCAACCGAAAAUACCGAUACAGAUGACGAGAACAAGGCUUCGAUGCUAUCGAAUUAUCCUGGACAUCCCUGCUUCUCGCACAAAGCGUAAACAAAGGAAAUUUGUAGACGCCGGGGGCAACGGGCACGGACGCGUCAUCCGCGGACCUUCGCCGACUAGUCGCGAAACGACGCUAGUCAGUACGACUCGUUUGACAGCACGAGAUACCAGCGAAGUAGUCCGAAGCGGUGAAUGAUCUCUCGUACACAAGCUACAUUCGAUCCCGGACCUGUCGGUGGUUCCACGUUCGCGGCGCGAUCCGUUUCACGACAGAGAAACCAGUUGCGCGUUUAAGAGACAACAUACGAAAUCAUGUUCUGGCUGCAACGAGCCCCCCGCAAAAAAGCGAAAACAACCUCCGCUAUCAGCGAUGUCUCGAAGAAUCAAACUCCACCGACGCUUCUCUCGAGUUUGAGAAGUGUUCUUUUCGUUAUCGGAACUGUAGUGAUAGGAUUUGCCGCCUUCUGUAAUUCUCUGACAUGGCAUUUACAAAGAUUUUGGGGUGCAUCCGGCGACUUCUGGCAAGCGCAAUGGGAUAAAAUUUUAGAUAAAUUUGGUGACAAUCCCGUUACGCUAUGGGUUUACGGAUCCUUGACGCUGACGAUAAUUGUUUACUGGCUGGUCGGCGGAAUUUACACCAUCCUAGAUAUCACGAAUCGGCCGGCAGCGUUGCGCAGAUACAAAAUACAACCCGGCACGAACGAGCCGGUCGACAAUCGGAAGUUAUGCAAAGUGAUCGCUCAAGUACUGUUCAAUCAGAUCGUCGUCGGCUUUCCUAUUAUGUAUCUCGGUUAUUACUUCAUGGAAUGGCGUGGUUAUUCCCCGGUGCGCAAGCUGCCGACCUUCCAUUGGGUGCUUGCCGAGAUCGCGAUUCACAUAUUGUGUGAAGAGAUUGGUUUUUAUUAUUCGCACAGAUUUCUUCACAAAGGCUCUUUGUAUAAAUAUAUACAUAAGCAACAUCACGAAUGGACUGCACCCAUAGCCGUCACCGCGUUAUAUUGUCAUCCUUUGGAGCAUAUUGGUUCAAAUCUACUUCCGCCCUUCUUAGGUGUUUUCAUCAUGGGCUCUCACGUAGCCACCGCCUGGAUAUGGUUUUCGCUCGCGAUUCUCUCGACAUUGAACGCACAUUCCGGAUAUCAUCUGCCGUUCUUCCCAUCGCCGGAGGCUCAUGAUUUUCAUCAUCUAAAGUUUAAUCAGUGCUACGGUGUACUCGGAGUUCUGGAUCGUAUCCACGGUACUGACACACAGUUCCGCAGCUCGCGAAACUAUGCGCGUCACGUCAUGAUGCUCAGCCUUGUGCCGCCCAGAGAAGCCUUCCCGGACGAAGCGAAAUACAAGUCGAAAUAGAAGGACCUCUUGUACGAAAGUUUUUGAGAUGAUGCCGAUUCUACCGAUCCGAGAAGUUAUGGCACAUAUCUUAAAGAACUUCUUGAAUGAAUGGCGACUGAACCCGGUGUCUGCGUCUGGACUUCGUUCAACAUGAUUCACUGUGCUUGGAUGAUUCAUCUUGGCAAAUUUAUCCAAAAACAUGUUGGUGAGCUACAUCUUUUAAAAGAGACAGCGUUUGAAAGACACAAGUUCUGGAAAUUUACCUUUUACAAAUUUAUC